ACUAUGAAAUUAGUUGUCGACUAUUUUAAUAGUGGAUUAGUCGUCGAUUAGUCGAUUAAUCGUGGCAGCCCUAUUUAUCAGAGAUGAUCUACAAUCACUGGAAGUGUAGUUUGUGUUUCUCUGGAGUCCCAUGUUGGCCAGCUGCCUCCACCAUGAAGACUGACAGCCCGGUCCCUCCAUGCUCUUCUCACGCUCCACGGAGUUCUGCACAAAUGGAGUCAUAGCUCACGUCUGAUGAGCUCUGACACGUGAAACUGCUCUGUCUUUCUCUUCCUGGCAUGCCCAUCCAUCUAUCUUUGUUCCUUACUGUACGACUGACAGGCAAAUCAAAGCCUUUUUACGGGUAAAGUGUGAAGAAGCCGUUUGGUUGUCCUGCUGGACGUCAAAAGGUCUCUUUGUUUCUGUGACGUCUCAAUGAAAGAGCACAAGGUCUCCUUCAAGCAUUUGAAUGUGAUUCCAGCUCCACUCAUAAGUUAGGCGGGAACAGUGGACCGCUGUCUCGUCUUUGUGCAGACAUCAGGAGAAAGAGCUGCAGCCUGUUGCCAAAAAGCAUCCCUCAAACCCCGGAGGGGAGCGGAUUUGACUUGGGCACAAAGAGCCUGGUUAUAUAUCUCGGUGGGAUGGCCUUUGUGUCGGGCCAACACUGAGGCUGUGUCUGCUCCUUACCCAACCUGUCGGACUCCCAAAGUGACAAGCAGGUCUUAUUCAGGAAUUCUCCCGUCCAUGCAGGUGCAUGAACGCUUUUCCUCCAAAACAGAGACUUCACUGGGAAGCUGGGACUUGGAAACAGUGAAAACGGGGGGAAGGGGGUGGCGGCCGCGGUGCAGCGGGGUCUUUUCACUUCUUGUUGGAGGCAACAAUAGUCUUUGUCCAAGAUCUUCCACCAUUCUUAUUAGGGCUACCAAGAGGAGGAGGAGGAGGAGGAGGAGGAGGAGGGUGUUUCUCCAUAGUAACAAUGACAAAACAGCUAGUUUAGCUCCGAGAAGGGAAGAGGAACCGCACGGAGGAGCACGGAGGAGCAUGUUUCAAGGGAGUCUUGCUGGAAGUAACGUCCACUUGGAGAAGUUUGGUCACUUUCCCAGAGAAAGCGCGCCGCCACGCCUGCAGAGGAGCAUGGAUCGAGACAGCCAGAGCGAGGACACUCUGUCCAGCAUUGCCCUGGAGAACAUCAAGAACAAGCUGAUCCACGCCUUCAGGGUCACGGAGUCCAGAGAGGAGUCCGGCUGCAGCGUCACACCCGCCAGCAUGAGCCGGAGCUACCAGGCCAACGAGGAGCUGAGGCGGGCCAAGAUAGACGGGGCAAUAACCUGGCUAAGGUCAGAGCUGCAGGAGAUGCGGACGCAGGACCUCCAGCUGGCUCAAACCCUGCUGGGGCUCAACAUGGAGAUCCAGAGGCUGCGGAGGGAAAGUUUUGGGGGGAUCGAAGUAGAUGGAGAUGAUUCACAGUGAACAGCUGCUGGAAGGAGAAAAAUCCUCUUUGGACUGAAAACUUUUAUAUAAUACUCCUAGGAAAAAAAAAAAGGGAAAAUUUGUUUGAUUUUUGGAGAAAAUAAUACAAAAAAUGUCAUUGAAAUAAUUGCAACAUCUCUAUUUAAUGUUUCUUUAUUGAUCAUUUCGUUUUUAAACUUGCUGGUUAAUAAAUACAUACAACUUUU